GUCAGUGCGUCGUGACGUCAGCGCGCACUGGCUGUGUUUGAUUUUGUCCUGUGUGAAGAUGGCGGAGUGCGGAGUGAAUGGAAGAGGCGAAGAGUGAAACUGUGGACAAAUCUGCCUCCCGCGGCACUUUUACGGCGUUUUUCGUCUUCAUGAGUUCCCGCUGAAGCCCGCCGAGACUCUCUCCACCUUAGAAAAAGGAGGAUAAAAACACUAGGAUGGGAAUAUGACACAGAGCAAGAAGAAGAAGCGGGUGAAUCGCAGUCUGCUGCUGGCCAAAAAAAUCAUCAUCAAGGACGGAGGAGCGCCUCAGGGUUUCGGCUCCCCCACCGUUUACCAUGCUGUCAUAGUCAUAUUUCUGGAGUUCUUUGCUUGGGGCCUGCUGACCGCACCUACGCUGGUGGUUCUUCAUGAAACAUUCCCAAAGCACACGUUUUUGAUGAAUGGACUCAUCCAGGGAGUUAAGGGCUUGCUGUCGUUUCUGAGCGCCCCUCUUAUUGGUGCCCUGUCCGACGUGUGGGGCAGGAAGUCCUUCCUGCUUCUCACGGUCUUCUUCACAUGUGCUCCCAUCCCUUUGAUGAAGAUCAGUCCAUGGUGGUAUUUUGCAGUUAUCUCAGUAUCAGGAGUGUUCGCUGUGACCUUCUCUGUAGUUUUUGCGUAUGUGGCCGACAUCACGCAGGAGCAUGAGCGCAGCAUGGCAUACGGGCUGGUUUCAGCCACGUUUGCUGCGAGUUUGGUCACCAGCCCGGCCAUCGGCGCCUACCUGAGCCGAGCGUAUGGAGACAGCCUGGUGGUGGUGCUGGCCUCGGCCAUCGCGAUGCUGGAUAUCUGCUUCAUCCUGGUGGCCGUGCCCGAGUCGCUUCCGGAGAAAAUGCGCCCGGCGUCCUGGGGAGCCCCCAUCUCCUGGGAGCAGGCAGACCCUUUUGCUUCCCUGAGGAAAGUGGGCCAGGACUCCACAGUGCUGCUCAUCUGCAUUACAGUGUUUCUCUCAUAUCUCCCCGAGGCUGGACAGUACUCCAGCUUCUUCUUGUACCUGCGACAGAUAAUGGGCUUUUCCCCUGAAAGUGUUGCUGCUUUCAUAGCUGUACUAGGAUUGCUUUCAAUUGUUGCACAGACUGUAGUGUUAAGUUUACUAAUGCGUUCCAUCGGGAACAAGAACACAAUCUUGCUGGGACUGGGGUUCCAGAUUCUGCAGCUGGCCUGGUACGGGUUCGGAUCAGAGCCGUGGAUGAUGUGGGCCGCUGGAGCCGUCGCUGCGAUGUCCAGCAUCACCUUCCCUGCCGUCAGCGCCCUGGUGUCCCGCACGGCCGACCCAGACCAGCAAGGUGUGGGGCAGGGAAUGAUCACAGGUAUCCGCGGCCUCUGUAACGGCCUGGGUCCGGCUCUCUACGGCUUCAUCUUCUACAUCUUUCACGUGGAGCUGGACGAGGUUCCUGACACUGGUGCUGAUGUAGAGCACCACCCUCAGCUCCACCAGCAGAGUGCAAUAAUCCCUGGUCCUCCGUUCCUGUUCGGCGCCUGCUCUGUGCUCCUGGCCCUCCUGGUGGCGCUCUUCAUCCCCGAGCACUCUCACCUGGGCUCCCGCACGGGCAGCUGGAAGAAGCACACGUCGCCCCACGGGCACCCCCACAGCCCCCAGCCGCCGGGGGAGGCCAAGGAGCCCCUCCUGCAGGACACUAACGUCUGAUGGACUGCUCGCUGGACGGCCAGAACCAGCUCCCUCUCCAGACUGUAAAACGGGUCGGCAGGUAUCGGGGAGAAUGUAAAGCUAUCAAACGCAAAACUGGCGGUUUUUAAGAAAGAAAAUCGUGUACAUAGAGGAACAUAUAUUUAAUGAUGGUUCUGUCCAAAGGCACUGUCGCAAUGGCUUGUAUUUAUUCCUUUUUUUUUUCAUUCUUUUCUUUUUCUAUUGAGUUUCUGACCAUUUUGUGCAUUUAUGUGAUAAUUCUACACGGAACCGGCUCACUCAGGGACAUGAACCUUGGUCAAGAAUGUUUCUGGACGCAGCAUCC